AUGGCAGGACGGAACAUGUCGCAUGAAGAGGUCUGGGACGACUCAGCCCUCGUUACGUCCUGGAACGAAGCACUCGAUGAGUACAAAAAGUAUCAUAGCAUUGCCGUCAAAGGCCAGAGUGUCGAGGAUAUGUUCGACGAGGCAGAGCGGAUCCAGCAGCUGAAUGGGUAUACGAAUGCCAUAGCUGAGAUUGACCGUCCAAAGCUGGCACAACACAGCGCAGAAGCAGCCACGGCGGCACAACCCAAAUCGUCCGAUGUCAAGUCAGGAACUGGCGCCGGUCAGGAGAAGCCGACUGCACAGUCUGCCGCCCUGCCUAACGCGUUACUCGGUAGCGUCCAAGAUGAAGGUCUGAAGAACAUCAUGAUGAGCUGGUACUACGCUGGCUAUUACACUGGGCUCUAUGAAGGACAGCAGAAAGCCUAUUCUGCUAUGCAGCAGGGCGUAUGA